AAUUUAUUUUUAUUAAUUUCUCUUGAGAUGUUAUGGCAAAGGUAUUUUAGGCUGAAUUAUUUAAAAAUAUCCAUAGGAAUGUCCAUAUUUCAUGUUUUCCCAGUGAAUUGUGAAAAGUUUCAAUUAAGUAUAAUUUAACAAUUUUGUUCCCAUUUUUGCUGGUGUGCCGAGACGACACAACUUGGCUAUUUUGCUUGUAACUAAUUAGCAUAUAGUUAUUAGAAUAUAUAGCACUAGCUUUUACAACUGAAAUGCCAUUGCUUUAUAUUGAAAUAAUUAUGGUAGCACAAUUAAUCACAUCUUAUUAGCAACCUUGUAAUUAAAAACAAAAAUCAGCAUGGUUUUAUAUUAAUAACUGAACAAAAGAAAUCUUUUAACUGUUUUUACAAAAAAGAAAUUGCAACCUUUCAGCAGUCCCACUUGGUCAGGAGGACGUCCAAGUAUAUAAACAUAAUAUGCUUGGACUUCGAAAAAAGAUAUUGACAAAAGACUCAUGAGUAACUCUACAACAGUAAUAAUAUAUUCUCAGGAGUAAGCCCUAUUGAAUUCUGAGGCGCUUACUCCCAGGUAAGUGGGGUUGGGUUGCAGGCUAAACCUAGCAAACGUGGUAAAUAGGGCUGGUCCGUUUUAGUUCAGUAACUGGCUAAACAUAAAGCAGAUGGAAGGAAUAAACUGUUUCAAAAUGGAGGCAAGUAAGCAAUGAACUGUACAAGGAUCUGUAUUCUGGAUGUGGACCAGUAUUUUUAUUUAACAUUCAUAAAUGAGCUGGGGGGUAAAGAGUGAACAGUGAGGUAGCCAAUUUGCAGAUGGCACUUAAUUACAGUCAUACCUCGGUUUAAGUACACCUCGGUUUGAGUAUUUUCAGUUUAAGUACUCCACGGACCUGCCUGGAACAGAUUAAUCCACUUUCCAUUACUUUCAAUGGGAAAGUUUGCUUCAGGUUAAGUACGCUUCAGGUUAAGUACGGACUUCCAGAACCAAUUACACUCAUACUUCAGGUUAAGUAUGCUCCAGGUUGAGUACUCGGUGGACCCAUCUGGAACGGAUUAAUCCACUUUCCAUUACUUUCAAUGAGAAAGUUCGCUUCAGGUUAAGUACGCUUCAGGUUAAGUACGGACUUCCAGAACCAAUUACACUCAUACUUUGGGUUAAGUAUGCUUCAGGUUGAGUACUCCGUGGACCCGUCUGGAACGGAUUAAGACGCUUUCCAUUACUUUCAAUGGGAAAGUUCGCUUCAGGUUAAGUACGCUUCAGGUUAAGUACAGAAUUCGGGAACCAAUUGUGUACUUAAACCGAGGUACCACUGUAUUCAGGUGAAUAUUCAAGGAAAGAGCUCCAACAUAAUUUCUCCAAACUGAAUCAUUGGGCAACAAAAUGGCAAACAAUAUUUAGUGCAAGUAAGUACGUGACACUCAUUAGGGGGAACAAUUCCCAACUUCAUAUAUACAGUACACUGAUGGCAUGUAAGAAAGCUGUCAAAAAGGGAAAUUCCAUACUUGGGAUCAUUAGGAAAUGGAUUAAAAAUAAAACUGCCAGCAUCGGAAGACAUUUAUAUACAGUAAAUCUAUUGAGUUGCCAAAUUGUGGAAUGCUGUGCACACUUAAAUUAAAUAUAAUUGAACUGAAAACUGUGCAGAAAAGGGCAAACCCAAUGAGCAAAUGUUAGAAUUUCUUUCAUAGGAGGAAAGAAGAAGAAGAGUUUGGAUUUGAUAUCCCACUUUAUCACUACCCGAAGGAGUCUCAAAGCGGCUAACAUUCUCCUUUCCCUUCCUCCCCUACAACAAACACUCUGUGAGAAGAGCAAUAUCUUUUUAACAAAAAAUAAUCUUUUGAAGAAUGAUGACUGUUCAUCUCUCAGAAAAAAAGGGCAAUGUUUUACCUGACUUCCUGCAUCUGAAUGACUUGGGAUGCGAAUCUGUAGGAGGGAAGGUUUUAUUUGCAACGGAUGACUUUUUUGCUCCGGCAGAAAACCUCUUAAAGAAACAAAGACCAGCAUAUCAUGCAGACCUAUUCACCGAGUUUGGGAAGUGGAGGGAUGGAUGGGAAACCAGGAGGAAGCGCAUUCCAGGUCAUGAUUGGUGUAUCAUUCAACUGGGGGUGCCAGGUACGAUUUAUGGGUUUGAGGCAGACACUUCUUACUUUGCUGGAAACUGCGCUCCUCAGAUAUCAAUCCAAGCUGCUUCCUUGAAGCCAGGGGAGGUACCAGCGCUGCCAGCAAGAGGGAACAGAAUAGGAACAGCCGCUUCGGAUGAAGAGCUGAGGAUUGUGAAGGAGAUGAGGUCAGAUGAAUGGACUUCCUUAGUUCCCAUCUCAAAGAUAAAAUCAGGAAACCUUGAUGCUGCCCACAACUAUUUUGUUGCAACUUUGAAGCAAAAAUGGACACAUCUAAGACUCAACAUAUAUCCAGAUGGUGGAAUUGCACGUUUAAAAGCGUACGGCACAAUGCAGGGAGAAUGGCCACUCUCUGGCCUGAACCAUUUGAGUGAUUUGGUGGCAAUGGUGAACGGAGGUGUCUGUGUUGGAUACAGUGAUGCUCAGUUAGGCCAUCCUGGGAAUAUUUUAGGACAAGGAAGAGCAAAGUCCAUGAAAGAUGGAUGGGAAACAGGCAGAAGUCUGCAAAGGCCACCCAUUUUAAAGCUUGGUGACAAAGGAAUCUUACUUGUACCAGGAAGUGAAUGGGCAGUCUUCCGACUGGGACAUUCAGGUGUUAUAACACACAUAGAAAUAGACACCAAUCACUUUAAAGGAAACUUUCCAGAUACAUUUAAACUUGAGGCCUGUAUUUUGAGUACAGAAGAAGAAAAUGAAUAUAAUGCACAAAAGUGGACUUUGAAGCAAGGUCCAAAAUGGAACACACUGGUACCCGAAACAAAGCUUAAACCUCAUACGAGACAUUUUUUUGAUGGUACUACCAUAAAGAUGCUGGAUGUGUUUACUCAUGUGAAACUUUCUUUUGCUCCUGAUGGAGGUGUAAGUAGGCUGCGUCUCUGGGGAUUUCCACGGGCCGUGCCAGACAUGAGGAAGUAAAAAUGUUCUCAGGAAAAAGGCUCUGCAGAAUUUCACUCAUGGUUAAUACAAGCCCGAAUACAAUUCAUCUAUCUGCAUUCAUUGAAUUAUACAGUUUUCCGCAUCAUUGGUUCAAAUGCAACAAUUUGUUACGGUUGUACAAUAACAUCAUUUCUCUAGCUGAAUGAAUAAUUUACAUAUAUAUUUGCUAACAGGUGGUUAUCGGAUUUGGGAAAUGGUAUUAUUUAUUAAACAAUGUUAAGAGGCAAUGAAUGCAGCUGUUGAACAGAUAGAACACAUAAGGUAGAAGGGUUUUGUUUUUGUUUUUUUAAAGCGCAGUUACACAUCAAGCCGGUUAUAUAUGGUUUAGUGUUGGACUAGGAUUUGUGCGACCUGGAUUUAAAUCUCUAUACACACAGCCAUGAAGCCAACCGGGUGACCCUGGACCAGUCAGACAUUCUCAAGUCUCUUGCCUCCCACGAUUAUUGUGAGGAUAAAACAGGGAAGUGGCAGAACUGCAUUUGCCACCUUGAGCUCCUUAGGUGAAAGGUGGGAUAUUAAUGUAAUAAUAAAUAACCAGGACUGACUCAAGGCAGGUUGCUGCCUGAUGUGUGGUACUGCAACAGGCACCCCCUGCCCUGCCAAUGUCAGUAGUACUAAAAGUAGAAAAAUCACACUUCUCCCCCCCCACGGCAAUAAGAAUAUUUUUUUUUAAAAAAACUAACAAUUUAAUGGCACCCAAAAUCAGCUACCUGAGGUUUCCUCCCUCAUUCCGCCUUGUGUGCGGACCAGCCCUAUUCAUAAAAAUGAUAAUAAUCCUAUGUGUAAUCUAAUUUUCACUUUUGCUUACAUUAGUCUGGAAUAUCCAAAAUAUGUCCUCAUAUAUGAUGCCAUUUAUCACAGCCUUAUUCUAUGUUAACUUGGAAGUCAUUCCCGCUUGAUUUGAUAGAAGAAUUCGAGCAAGUGUGCUUAGGAGUGCAACGUUAAGUGAUGCUGAUCACAAAUAGCUGAGAGAUUAUGGAACUAUUAAUUAUCAAAGCAGAGAGCUAAACUGUAUGGAACAUCUGUGCAAGAAUAUGCUUCAGUAUGUUUGAGGUUUGUGUGCUAAGAGUCAAUAUUGCAUUAUUAUUAUUUUGCUUAGAUACCGUAGUUGUGCCUAUCUUCCUUUUGCCAUCUAAAAUCGAAUUAUGUUAUAAUAAAAGAAUACUUACCUUUCC